UUCAUCUUGCGGCACUGCAUGAGCACACGGUCCCGAGUCCCAUUGUCCUCUUAUUGUUUCCAAGAUUCAAAAGUCUCUUCGUCAAUGUCAGACUCACAAGUCCUACGGCAUGUGGGUCAUGGUCCAGGAAUGGAAGGGAUUGAAAGAAGAGAUGUAGACAGGCCCUGUCGUUUCCACUUUGUAGAAACAAGGAGGUCGCCACGCACUACGGAUUGGGAACGCACUUCUGGUAGUGCCUCAGACUCAUGACCUUGAACGAUUCAUAACCCUUGUCUGGAAGUUGUAGAUUAGAUUGCAGCUGACUGAACGAGCAACUUCCGAAAUAAUGGCCAGAAGCAGACGCGGUGCUGUAUGUGCAAGUAGAAUCAAGAAGACUGACACCCUCCUACAGUUGCUUGUAGAUCGAUGAGUACACUGUCAGCUUCACGUGUCGGACUUCUGGUCAUCCGGUAGACAGUGGACCAAAUACUGAUGCACAAGUUUGCUUGAUCCUUUCGUUGAUAGGCAAGCAAAGGUCGGUAAUCAGAAGAUACUCUAACAAUUUGUUCGUCAACAACGGAACAACAAUGGAACACAACAGAGCAAGCGUGAAGCUAGUCUCGUGGUGUCUUCUUCCCCGGCGCUUGACAUUUCGGCAUACCCUAAGGCCAUGUGCUUCUAGACUGAACGCAGAAGGGGGAUGCAUCGGUCAUCAAUCUGCGCGACCCCUAGAGGUGCGAGUUGGUUCUCUUUACGCACGCGCAAGGGCCUGCGGAACUUCGGCGUUCCGGUGCGAAAGAUCCAGCGAGAUCUUUGUCCAAACGCCAGAAAUAUUGCGCGGAUUGAAAAAAAUAAUGGAUCCAUGUGUCCAUCGAUCACGUUCUACUCCUCACGCACAUGGCUUCUCGAGAGAAACACGACGUGGAUUGCUUUUCUUUCAGGUGUACGAGGGACAGACCUGCUGAUCCACGAGGCCUAAAGGCCAAACUCCAUUUGCAGGUCAGACAAUCUAGCUGAGAAAGCAGGGCACGACGAAUGGGCACUGGCCCAGAACCCCGUCCUCUUUCCGACAGUCGUCUUCCUUUCGCCUCCCGGUAACUCGCAGCGGUCGAACGCCCUUCCUCCUGGACCUGGAUGCCACCCGAUCGCCUCUCAUCGAUCUCGCCGCCCCGCUCCUUCAACGAGAGCCACGACUUCAAAUAUGCCGCCGCGCUCCCUGCCUUCCGCCCGCGGACCCAAAUUUGACCGUGCCGUAGCCGCGCAGCCGCGGUAUCUCGUGCUAUACGGUACUCGGUUUGAAAACUCCCUGGAAUAAAACUCCUUUCAAAAAUUCCGAUUUCCAAACCUGCUUCGCGUUGCGAAGCCUGAAAACCACCGGAGGAACGUUGUAGAGUUUGACAUCGAACGGGCUGCGUUACAACGGGCUCUUAACAAGGAAAUCACUCGGCCUCGUCUGCAUUGCGAUGCUCGAUUAACUAUAGGUCGGUCAAGAGCCAUUCACAACCGUGCACGAAGGGGUUCAGUAACUCUCAGCCUCGUAUGUCGACAUUAUAUGUCAUUCAGCUCAAAAGAAAUAGAAAUGCGAUGAGGACGUCUAAAUGCACAAUGGUAAACAAUUAGGCUGGAUCUCUGCGCGUGGUAAUGUUACUUCCUGCGAGCCCGGAGCUUGGCAUCUUCAUCUUCGACAUCGAUGCCAUCGCCCACAAUGGUUAUCUUCCUUUCUGUUUUCUCCAGCCGUGUGUAUCGGGUGUUGCAAUACCACUCGUCAUGGUCUUGGAUGAUGGUCAUCGUAGUCAAGGAACCGGCGCUCGAUCGGGGGACCACCGUAGAGCAAGGAGCGACAAAGUGCUGCUGGUGUCAUACAGAGCAACAAUGUUACGAAGUACCGCGAGUGUCUAGAAGUUCUCUACCCUCGAGGUGGUCCGGGUAAAUGCUCCGGGUCUCUGAUCCCCAAAAGGCCUGGCCUGGCCUGCCUUUCAGCACCUCUCCGUGCUCGACACGAUCAAACUGUCCGUUGUGGUUGGCUGAUUGACUUGAAUCGCCGCUCGCUGGAAGCCACUACAGAUCUGGUCAGUAGUAAAGUUGUAUGAUUGCCAGCGGCACGUACGUAUAUUACUCUGCCCGGAAUUAUCUCGAACGUACCAGGAACGUUGGGCAUCAAAAUCGCCCGAUUCUCGCGUCAGUCACUUCGAGCCUUUACAUGAGAGAGUAGUCCAUUGUCCAGGUUCCCGCCACACUUGCUUUCUCCCGCUGUCAGUGUUACCUCGUUGUUUUAAGGUUUUCCCGAUUUCACGUCCGUAAAGCUUGUGAAACUACGACAACUGCAGAAGCAGCCAAUGAACGGCGCGUUGCUGCACCCAUGGCGUCCGAAUCUGCUCCUGUGAAAGGGCCUUUGUGUGGUCUCCAAGCCACUUUGCAAGGUCAAUGUAGGCUAGAUCAUUCGUCACUGAUUAGAUGUGGUCGAAAAGAUCAAUCGGGAAAAGGCUCCGGGACGAGAUAUUUCUCUCAUGCCGUGAGAUAGAGGCUUUGCGAGGCCCUUGGAACCGGUCGUUGAACUUGGAUACGGUAUGAUGGGCAUUGUGCACAGACGAGCUUUCACCAGGUGGGAAGAAGACUCUUGGUGUGUCUCUUUGCCCGCACCUGCGGGUGUCAGAUAAUCACACUUCUUGCGGCCUAAAUCUUCCUCAGUAACGCGCAAAAGCUGUUACUACCAUAGUAUUCGAAAAAGUCGCUGUAAUAUCAGUUACUUCACGUUCUAGUCCUUGUUACGACAGAAACUGACAUUCCUUUUGCCCAAAACUCGGGGAAUCCACUCUAGUUUGAUGGAUUGUUGUUUGUUGGAAGGGCCCUCUUGCCUCUAUCAAUCUAAAACUGAUACUGGGGAGGCUCAUUUGAGAUUCUGCAUCGGGCCCGCAGCCUGUGUUCGUAAUUUGCAACCGCUGUACGCCGAGCAUAUGGACUAUCAGAUGCAACUAAUGACCGCUUUUUCUCAUCUACGCACGUCGUUUGUCGUCUUCCUCCCUUCUUUUAGUCCGGGGAGCAUCCGAGAGAUACCAUCACAUCAAGUCAUAGCACACGAUGGAGAAAAUUCAGACAUUCGAAAAGCAGUAUUAUUCAAUAAAAAGUAUGGACUGUCAAUUUCCGA